CGUCAUGCGGCGAGGGAGACGGUUCUGAAAUCGGUCAAGCUGUCAUCGAGCGCAGCGGCAGUGCGCAGGUUUAGCAUAAGGCUUUGUGGCUACACAAGGAUUUACUGUCCAACUCGGUACGAACGUAAAGGCUUGCAAAAUAAGAGGUGAUGUCCAAGGAUAAGAGUGGCUCUGCGGGGAUGGGGGAGGACAACCCCCUGCACAGCUCCAUGUUUGGCCAGCCCAGCCCGGCCAGCUUCGCCAUGCCCCCGCCCAACUACACACAGGCCCCCCCCGGAGGCACCCCCUUCCCCCCACCCACUGCCUUCGGCCAGCCUGGGUUUGGCCCCACCCCCUACCCACAGAUGUCCUAUCCUGCGGGCCCCUACCAGCAGGGCCCCCCCCAACCAGGCUUUGCAGCUGGCUCCACGGCUCCUUUGAACAACCCUGGUUACCAUGGCGAUGUACCUCCAUCUUACUACGGCAAUGAGGAGUUCAGCAGUUCGGGCUUUGAGGACAAGACGAUUCGGCAGGCCUUCAUACGCAAGGUGUUCAUGGUCCUGACGGUCCAGCUCCUGGUCACAUUCUCCUUCGUGGCGGUCUUCACCUUUGUGGACGAUGCGAAGCGGUUCGUGCGGAUGAACCCGUGGACGUAUUACGUGUCGUACGCCAUCUUCUUCGUGGCUCUCAUCGUGCUCAGCUGCUGCGGGGAGUUCCGCCGCAAACACCCCUGGAACCUGGUGGCUUUGUCCAUCCUGACACUCAGCCUGUCCUACAUGGUGGGGAUGAUCGCCAGCUUCUACGACACCGACUCUGUCAUCAUGGCCGUCGGGAUCACUGCUGUGGUGUGCUUCACCGUGGUGCUGUUCUCCCUGCAGAGCAAAUAUGACUUCACUUCCUGCCGGGGCGUGCUGUUCGUGUGCCUCAUCGUGCUGCUCCUCUUCUCCAUCCUCUGCAUCUUCAUCCGCCACCGCAUCCUGCACAUCGUCUACGCCUCCCUCGGGGCUCUGCUGUUCACCUGCUUCCUGGCUGUGGACACGCAGCUGUUGCUGGGGAAUAAGAAGCUGUCUCUGAGUCCGGAGGAGUACGUCUUUGCUGCGCUGAACCUCUACACCGACAUCAUUAACAUCUUCCUGUACAUCCUGGCCAUCGUGGGCCGCGCGCGGGAGUGAGAGUUUACCCUCCAGGCCUGGAAACACAAACAUUUUAUCACUCAUCUCCUCUCUCUCACAGCCAAAAACAUUCGGAUCACUGGUUGGUUGGUCCUUGAUUACAUCACUCUGCAGAAUUGGUGGUUCUUAUGCAGGGUGAAUUCACCCCCGCCCCUCCCUGCAGUGUAGUUAGGUUAUUUGUGUUGUUUUGUAUAAUAACUGAUGUGAACAGUGUUGGAUUUUUUCCCAUUUUUGUGUUUGUAAGAAGCUGUUGAAUUUGCUUGUGAUUUGACUGCUGACCCACUGGUAGGAGUGGACAGAAAGGCCGCUCCUAACCAUAAUUUUAUUAAUAUGAGUAUGUUAUGAUUUAUUUAUUAACCUUACUGUAAAACCCCUCGGCUUCUGUCCCAGGACAGAAUGUAGCAUGCACACAGCUGGGGUUACAACCCCCAACGACCCGACAAAAACAUUCCAAUAACAUUCCCACAACCCUCCAGCAAUAUUCCCACAACCCCCCGAAAGCCUCAAACAACAUUCCAACAACAUUCUCACAACCCUCCAACAUAAUUUCCACGACCUUCCAGCAACAUUCCCACAACCCCCCACAACCCUCCAACAACAUUCCCACAACCACCCUGCAACCCCCCAGCAACAUUCCCACAACCCCUCUGCAACCCCCCAGCAACAUUCCCAAAACCCCUCUGCAACCCUCCAGCAACAUAUCCACAACCCCUAGCAACCCUCUAACAGCAUUCCAACAACCCCCACUGCUACCCUCCUGAUUUAGGGGCUUUACAUUUGAAUCUAUCCUGGACAGGAUAUGAUGUACCCCUAAAUCUAGUCACCGAUAACUGCUUAAAACACACAGACCAGCAGCACUAACCGCUACAACACACACAGCACUGCUAACUGCUUACUGCUACAUCACACAUACACAGCAGUGCUAACUGCUUACUGCUACAUCACACACAGCAGCACUAACCACUAAAACACUCAGCAGCCCUAUUUUGAAUUUUAUUUAAUCUUCAUUUUACUAAUUAAAUAUAUAUUUGUGUCCAUUCCCAGCAGAAAAGUCAGUGGUUCUGAGUUGUAGAGUAAAAUAUUCAGUUUUGUUUCCUGUAAAUAAGCAUUGUAUUCCUGUAAUGCUCUUCACUUUUAAAACAAAUAAAGUUAAUCUGAAACAG